GACGCCUAUGAAAUUCAUUUAAAAAUUGACAUUUCAGAAAUGCCAAUUGCAUUGCCAGCUCAUUAUCCAAUACAUUAUCCAGUGGGUUUGACGUCCACUCGACACAUACUAGCCGAAGAAAAUGCUUCACCGUGCUGUGAUAAUAGAAGGGCUAAAAAAGGAAAACUUCACCGACACUCCUUUAAAAAAAAUAAAAGAUGCUUUCCAAUACCUAUCGUUCAAAAACCUGCUGAUCGUUUUUUUAAGUCUAAAUGUUUAGACUUUAUCCGAUCUCGCUCAAUUAACCCCAGAAUAAACCGUAGGAAUCCACGAGAACAACAGAAUCUAUUGACACCUUUUGUGGAUGGUUCCAAUGUUUAUGGCAGUGACCAGGAAACACAAGAUCGUCUACGAUUACCUAACGGUCGUAUGAAGACAUCGAAAGGUGAUUUAUUACCAAAAGGUAGAAAUGGAGACUGUAUCAGAAAGAAUGCACCAUUCUGUUUCGAUGCUGGUGACGAAAGGGUACAUGUGUAUCCCGGAUUAACAGUUUUACACACAGCUUUCGUCCGAUACCAUAAUUAUAUUGUUGAUGAUUUAAAACAACACAAUACAGGGUGGGAUGGGGACAGAUUGUUCCAGGAAACCAGAAAAAUCAUCAGUGCCCUUCUACAGAGAAUCACCUACACGGAAUUUUUACCUGAAGUUUUAUCCGAUGCCACCAUGAAUCACUACAAUCUAAAGGAGGGAAACGACAACUACCAGUACAACAUCAACGUUAAUCCAAGUAUCGCAAACGUUUUUGCCGCGGCAGCGUUUAGAUAUGGACACUCUAAAAUUCCCGAUGCUCUAGUUAUAGACGAUAAGGUAGUUCCAACUCGAAAACUCUUCAAUGAUCCACAGUUUAUUUUCACCAGUUUGAAGUCAGUUGUUGAAAAUAUUCUAUCCGACCCAGCUCAGCUCAGAGAUCGUUUCCUGUCCGAACAAAUCACAGAUCACCUGUUUGAAUCUGCCAUGGGAUCGUUUGAUUUGGGUGCCUUUAAUAUCCAGCGAGGUCGAGAUCACGGUCUACCACCUUACAACACCUUUAGAAAAUUCUGCAAUUUACCUGAAGCCAACAACUUCAACAGUGAACAAUUCGAGAAAACGGCUCGAAAACCUCUUAAAAAGACCUACAAAAGUGUUGAUGAUAUUGAUGUAUUCGUCGGUGGUAUGGCAGAACAAAAUGAAAAUGGGUCGGUUCUUGGCCCGCUCUUCAAUUGUAUCUUGGGCAGACAAUUCAGCGAUUUGAAAUGUGGAGACAGUUUCUGGUAUGAAACAACAGACCAGAAACGAGGAUUCUCGAAAAAUCAACUUAAGGCCAUUAAGAAAGUUUCUUUGUCUAAGAUCCUGUGUCAAGUUUUUAACUUGGCUAAAAUCCAAAAAAAUCCUUUCCUGCACAAGGGCAAGAAAGUCGGAUGUAAGAAACUGACAGGGUUGGACCUUAGUCCCUGGUAUGAACAUUAAAUGAUUUAAAGCAACUUUGCUAACGACGUUGGAUGGCUCCAUAACAAUAACGUUGCGAACGACGCUAACGUCUAUAACAACACCACUGAUGACGUCAUAUUCAGCAUAUCGUACUGGCUUCCAUGUACAUUUCUUUAAUGAUCCUCUCAUCCAAUAAAUUAUUUUAUUACAAUUUC